AAAUCUGGGACCUUCUGCGCUUCUGCUUGAGCUUCUAGUUGCGGUCAAUGUAGACUUUUUUUCCUCGGUGCCAAGAAUUCUCAAUUUAAAGAUGAUAGUUUGCACAGAUCGUACGUGAACAACUCGAGGAUCACACCGUUAGCGAGUUUUCUCACCCGGAAAGGAGUGAGCUGACCCUCCCUCUCCCCAUCACGUGGACCCAUCGCCAUGCCGCUGGUGACGCGUAACAUAGAGCCUCGGCACCUGUGCCGCCAAACCCUACCCAACAACGUCAAGAGUGAACUGGAAUGCGUGACCAACAUCACACUGGCCAACAUCAUCCGGCAGCUGGGCAGCUUGAGUAGAUAUGCCGAGGACGUCUUCGGGGAGCUCUUCGUCCAGGCCAGCCACUUCGCCCUGCGCGUUAACAGCCUGGGAGAGCGUGUUGAUCGGCUGCAGGUCAAGGUGACACAGCUGGACCCCAAAGAGGAGGAAGUUUCCCUGCAGGCCAUCACCACCCGCAAGGCCUUCCGCAGUAACCUGACCCAGGAUCAGCAGCUCUUCAUUCGGCCCUCCCUUCCUGUUCCGGUUCAGGAGACCUACAUCAGCUGUGACCAGCCGCCCCCCCUUGGCAAGCUCUCCAUGUACAGGGAUGACGGCAAGGAGGCCCUCAAGUUCUACACUGAUCCCUCCUACUUCUUUGACCUCUGGAAAGAGAAGAUGCUGCAGGACACCAAGGACAUCAUGAAGGAGAAGCGAAAGCAUAGGAAAGAGAAGCGGGAUAACCCGAAUCGUGGCAACCUGAACCCACGGAAGGUCAAGACCCGCAAGGAUGAGUGGGAGAGGCUGAAAAUGGGCAAGGAGUUUGUGGUGCCCAAGAACGAUGGCGACAUGGAAAUGAACUCCAACGAGAUGCUGAACGGGAGCAUCUGUUCGGGGGAAGGGCUGGGCACCUACGGCUCAGACGGCUACCUGGACCAGAGCUCCUACGACAUGGAUUCCCCCCUGCAGCCACCGCCGCCUGAUGAGUUCCUGCCCCCGCCGCCUCCAGACAUGACGAGUAGCGAGGCUGAAAGGGACCCCUCUCACACACACAUGAUGAGCCCUGCACACGCUCCGCCACCUCCACCCAUGAGUCCUCACCAGAGCCUGGCUCCUCCGCCUGUCCCUCCACCCCCUCCACCUUUUGAGAUGGCCCCUCCCCCUCCCCCCGAUUUUGGCAGCCCCCUUUCCCCACCCACCUCCCUCCCCAACUUCCCGUCUCCACCUGCACCGUCUCUGGCUCCUUCCGAGGAUCAAGCAGCUAUUCCGCCUCCACCUUCCCUGCCACCCACAGGGCCUCCCCCCCCCCCACCUCCGCCGCCUCCUCCAGGCCCCCCUCCUCCUCCAGGACCCCCGGCUCCCCCCCUCUCCUCUGCCAACACUGCGUCUCCCAGCGCCCCCAAAACUCAGCAGGUGGCUGCAGGAGGUGCACGCAGCGACUUGCUGCAAGCCAUUCGGCAAGGAUUCAACCUACGAAAGGUGGAGGAACAGCGCGAGCAGGAGAAGCGGGACCACGUGGGCAACGACGUGGCAGCCAUUCUGUCGCGCCGCAUCGCGGUGGAGUGCAGCGACUCCGAGGAUGACUCCUCUGAGUUCGAUGAUGAGGAGUGGUCUGAAUGAGACCUCCUUCCUCGUGGUCACUGCAGCCUUCAGCUACUGCUCACACUCUCUAAGGUGUGGAGGGUGGUCUCUCUCCAUUUCCCUCUGUCCAGGGACCCCUAUGAUAAUUAUUAAUCUAGUUAUGGACUGAAUCAAUCGAAAGCUUUCCUACUAAAUUUCUCCCAACAGCAAGUCACGUGUGAGUUAACAGAUCGAGAAGCUUCUCAUACAUGCUAAAAUGUUCCAGCCCUGACACUGGCCUGUUAAGCCCGUUUAGCUUGCUGGCCUGUUAGCACAGCACCUCCUCUGCAUGUAUACACUGUGGCCUCCCAGCCCGCCCACCCGCACCCUGGUCCUGUUACUCCAAGGCCGUCACAUGAAGUAUUCAUGGACCCCUUCAGCCUCUCCACCAUGGGCAGGCGAACUGAGACAGUUUUAUGUGUCAGUAUGUCUCUGUCUGUGUGCCCAGCUUAACUGCAGUCAACCAAAGUCUGGCCAAGUGUGCGAAACGCAUUCAUUAUAUUUUUUGUCUUUGGUCCUUCUGGAACUUUCUGUAAGCCAAUGCAUUCUUUAUUAGCCUUCAUAUGAUAUCAAAAAAAUCUUUGAGUGUUCUAUGCAAUUAUGUCUGCACCAUAGUUAAACAUUUCUUCAGUAUUGUCUUCUCCACAAUUUUAUUUAAAAAAAAAAAAUAAUAAUAAU